CUCACCUGCCCCCUCCACAAGCUGCCGUGAUGGAGGCCGAGCUGGGUUGGGGCAUUGUGACCUACACUAUGGGUCUAGACUCUAGACCGUAAGCUCGCCGCGGGCCGGGAAUGCGUCGUUUUAUCGCUGAACUCUCCCGAGCCCUGUGCUCUGUACACGUGUCCCCGGGGACGCGUCCCGUGCGUGUGCGCGUGGUCAAGAAGAAGAUCGUGGUGAGGAAGAGGAAGAGGCCAGCUCGGCCGACCCCCGCGGACCCUUUUGGGGGGUCAGAGCCAGGCUGCCCGCCCCUGGGCUUGGAGUCCCUGCGCGUCUCCGACGACCAGCUCCGGGCGUCCAGCAGCCAGCACUUCGGCGUGGGCCCGCACCGCGGCCGGCUCAACAUCCAGUCGGGCAUCGAGGACGGGGACCAGUACGACGGGGCGUGGUGCGCGGAGCCGGACGACCCCGAGCCCUGGCUGGAGGUGGACGCCGGGCGGCCGGUCCGCUUCACCGGGGUCAUCACCCAGGGCAAGAACUCCAUCUGGAGGUACGACUGGGUGACCUCCUACAAGGUGCAGUUCAGCAACGACCGCAGCAAGUGGCUCUGGGGCAGGAACGGCAGCCAGGAGGCGGUGUUUGCUGGGAACUCGGAUCCCGAAACUCCGGUCUUGAGGCUGUUGCCCCGGGCCGAGGUGGCCCGUUACGUCCGCUUGCUGCCCCAGACCUGGUACCAGAACGGUUCCGCCUGCCUCCGAGCCGAGAUCCUGGCCUGCCCCCUGCCCGAUCCCAACAACCCCCUAGUCCAAGGAGCCAAACUCAUCUCCGCUGACCGACUGGACUUCCGCCAUCACAACUACAAGGAGAUGAGGAAGCUGAUGAAGCAGGUGAACGAGGACUGUCCCAACAUCACCCGCAUCUACAGCAUCGGCAAGAGCCACCAAGGCCUGAAGAUGUACGUGAUGGAGAUUUCCGACAACCCGGGCCAGCACGAGCUUGGGGAACCGGAAGUGCGCUACGUGGCGGGCAUGCAUGGGAACGAGGCGCUAGGUCGGGAGCUGCUCUUGCAGCUGAUGCAGUUCCUGUGCCUCGAGUUCCUGCGUGGGGAUCCACGGGUCACCCGCCUGGUGACCGAGAGCCGCAUCCACCUCCUGCCCGCCAUGAACCCCGAUGGCUACGAGGCCGCCCAUCACCUGGGCUCUGAGCUGGUGGGCUGGGCAAUGGGCAGGUGGACCAACCAAGGCAUUGACCUCAACCACAACUUUGCUGACCUGAACACCCUGCUGUGGGACGCAGAGGACAACGAACUGGUUCCUCACUCUUUCCCCAAUCACCACAUCCCCCUGCCCGCCUACUACACCUUACCCAACGCCACCGUGGCCCCCGAGACCCGGGCCGUGAUCGAGUGGAUGCAGAGGAUCCCUUUCGUGCUGAGUGCCAACCUCCACGGCGGAGAGCUGGUGGUGUCCUACCCCUUCGACAUGGCGCGCUCCUACUGGAAGGCCCGAGAGCCCACCCCGACCCCGGACGACCCCGUCUUCCGCUGGCUGGCCGCCGUCUACGCCGGCAGCAGCCUGGUCAUGCAGCACGAACACCACCGGCCCUGCCACACCGACAACUUCGCCCAGCACGGCAGCAUCAUCAAUGGGGCUGACUGGCACACCGUGGCAGGGAGCAUGAACGACUUCAGCUACCUACACACCAACUGCUUCGAGCUGACUGUGGAGCUGUCCUGCGACAAGUUCCCCCAUGAGAGCGAGCUGCCCCAGGAGUGGGAAAACAACAAGGAGGCCCUCCUGGCCUAUUUGGAGCAGGUGCGGCGGGGGAUCGCAGGCGUGGUGCGGGACAAGGACACGGAAAAGGGCGUGGCGGAUGCAGUCAUCGCUGUGGACGGGAUCAACCAUGAUGUCACAACUGCCUUCGACGGAGACUACUGGAGGAUGCUGACCCCCGGGGAGUACUCCGUGACGGCCAGUGCCGAAGGCUACCACUCGGUCACCCGCACCUGCUGGGUCUCCUUUGAGGAGGGUCCCACCCCCUGUGACUUCCGGCUGACCAAGACCCCCAAGCAGCGGCUGCGGGAGCUGCUGGCCUCCGGGGCCAAGGUGCCCCCCGAUCUCAAGCGGAGGCUGCAGCGGCUGCGGGGCCGGGGUCCCUGAGGGGCCCGGCCGGGA